UAAUAUGUAUUGAAAUGAGAACUUUGAUCACUCGAUAAGGGGAUCAGAAGGCUGCUGGAUUUCGCUGUUAAGUACCUCUGUUCCUUCUGCUGAAAUGCAGUUUUUGUAGAGCUGUAGUGCUUGCUGAAAUCACAGCGUGAGUCUUUACACCGCUUGUAACAGGCGAGCGGAAGGGGCUUCUCUGAGCGAGCGGUGGGUGGACCCAGAACCACGGCGAGGAUUAUAUGUGGUAAUGCUUAAUCUGGUAAAACAAUUACUGGCUGGGGGGGGAAGCCAGCCUGUGCUUACUGCGUGGUACGACGGGGGUGUUGCUUUUGGGUGGGGGCAGUUUUAUAAAGCUGUGGUCAUGGCUCCCACAUUAAAUUUAAAAAAAAAAAAAAAAAAAAUUGUCGCUGUGUCUGAAGUAGGAAGGAAAACAAAAUGAAAGAGCUUGUCUGGCUUUCUGGGCUGGAGGCAGAGAGCACAUCGCUGUUUUAUGCAUCUGCCUGGCGGGGGCAGUGUCCCUGUCCUGGGAGCUCUUGGCCUCACUGGUGUGGGUCUCAGCCUGGCUGGUGGCUUUGUGGUGUAGGCGGACAUCGCAGAGGGGCGGUGUCAUCUAAUGGCUUUUUUUUUUCCUUACUGCAUCCAAAAAAAAACCAAGACGAGAAUCCAGGCCUAAAAGAUAGAAGUUAGUACAUGGCCUCACAGAGAUUUAGCACCGUGGUAAUAAGAAAAUUCCUGGGUUUGGCUUCAAGUUGAUGUUUUAGGCCUUUUAAUAAAAGGUCCUGGAAAUAAUUUUAAGAUAAAGCGUGCUCAGCGCAUCUACUGAAACACUGCAGAACACUUGGCCCUCCCAGCUCUAAUUAAUAGAUGGCAGUAAUCCUGCGAAGCCAUGUAACUCCGUCGCAGGCAGGGAAGUGGCGGAUCCCACCGCUGAAGGUGGUCCUGCAUGUUGGUGUGGAGCCAGAGGAGCGCUGGAAGCCAGCUCAGCGGGGCAGAGCGGGCCCUAGCCCGUAGCAUCAGCACAAAACUGAGUUUGGCUGGCGAGCGGAUCAUCUACUUUCAAAAAGUCGCUCACCCCCGAGAUGCCAGGUGGUUCUGGGCAGCCAGGCUCACAGACGAUAAAGAAAGGGCACAGAGGAGUAGACUCCACGGGUGAGACUACCUAUAAAAAGACGACAUCGUCUGCCUUGAAAGGUGCCAUUCAGCUGGGCAUUACACACACAGUUGGAAGCUUGAGCACCAAACCCGAAAGAGAUGUUCUCAUGCAAGAUUUCUACGUAGUAGAAAGUAUUUUCUUCCCAAGUGAAGGGAGUAACCUGACCCCCGCUCAUCACUACAACGACUUUCGGUUCAAAACCUACGCUCCAGUGGCCUUUCGCUAUUUCCGGGAGCUCUUUGGGAUCCGACCAGACGACUAUCUGUACUCGCUCUGCAAUGAGCCGCUCAUUGAACUUUCAAACUCUGGGGCCAGCGGAUCCCUCUUCUAUGUAUCCAGUGAUGAUGAGUUUAUCAUCAAAACGGUUCAGAACUACAAAGAGGCUGAGUUCUUACAGAAGCUGCUGCCUGGCUACUACAUGAAUUUGAACCAGAACCCAAGGACGCUGCUACCAAAGUUUUACGGUUUGUACUGUGUCCAGGCUGGAGGCAAAAACAUUCGCAUUGUCGUGAUGAACAACCUACUGCCACGGUCUGUCAAAAUGCACCUGAAAUAUGACCUGAAGGGCUCCACCUACAAACGCCGAGCAUCCCAGAAGGAGCGGGAGAAGGUCUUCCCAACAUACAAGGACUUGGAUUUUAUGCAGGACAUCCCUGAUGGCCUCUUCUUAGACUCUGACAUGUAUAAUGCUCUGUGCAAGACGUUACAGAGAGACUGUUUGGUCCUGCAGAGCUUUAAAAUCAUGGAUUACAGCUUGCUUGUUGCAAUCCAUAACAUCGAUCUGGCACAGAGAGAGCACGCGAUGGCAGAUGGGACAUCCCAGACAGAUAUGCGGCGACCCGCUGCCCAGAAGGCCCUCUACUCGACAGCCAUGGAAUCCAUCCAAGGAGAGGCCCGGCGAGGUGGCACCAUAGAGACAGAUGACCAGAUGGGAGGCAUUCCAGCCCGCAACGCAAAGGGGGAGAGGCUGCUGCUGUUCAUCUGCAUCAUCGAUGUGCUGCAGUCCUACCGGUUUGUCAAGAAGCUGGAGCACUCUUGGAAGGCCCUUGUACACGAUGGGGACACUGUAUCUGUGCACAGACCCAGCUUCUACGCCGAAAGGUUCCAACGGUUCAUGUGCAACACAGCGUUCAAGAAAAUACCACUAAAGCCAUCCCCUUCUAAGAAGAGCCGGUCUGGCACAACAGUUCCUCGGCGGAGCUGUCAAGGAGGAGUGCCUUCACAGUCGCACAUGUCCUGUGAGACAAAAGCACAAGUAACAGCAGAGGCGGAUAUAGAGCAAGGUUCCCACCUUGGUCGCCCAGAUCUCCUGCCCAGGACCCUGCCAGUAGACGAAGCUAACAGUGACUCCAUCGCAACAACCCUGUCCACUUCUUCCUUGGGCAGCGGAGGCCUCAACUCGCCCGCAAAUAGGUCAGAAGCAGCGAGUCGCCAGUUAGAGAGCUCGGCAGAGGAGGAAGCCAGAGCAGCUCGGAGUAACCGGGCACAUAGCGGCUCCCCAGGGCCUUCCAUACCCGAGCGUUCCGCAGAGCUGAGAGAGCAGCUCGAAGACCUGCAAGAGACGGAGAUAAGCUUUUGAAGCAACGCUGAGACCGCCGCGGUGGAAGCUGAUUGUUCUGUGCUCUGCGUGGUCUGUGGAGUCUGACAAACGUUCAGCCCCUGUUGCUGAUUCAUUAUAUAUAUAUAUAUUUUUUUUUUUUUGUAAAGAAAUCUUCUCUGGACAGAAACCGAAAAGCUGGAAGGCUGGGCUACACUUAGUGGGAUGGUAUUAACAAAGGCCGAGCCAGCACAGCUGAGCCUCGGACACCUGGAAUUCUCCGUACAGCAGAGCCCACCACUGUGUCCCCGCUGUCCUCCUCUCUUUGAAGCCCGGCGGGAGCAAAGCCGGCUGUCGAGAGGAGGAGGAGGAACUGCUCUGUUUGGGCUGAAGCCCUCUGGAAAAGGGAUCUGACUUUCAGGGAGUUAGCUGCUUACGAUGCCGACACCAGAAACCUAGCGAGAACGGGCGACUCUUUGGAGUUACUGGAGGGGAAACGGGCAUUAGAGCCUCCUUGGGGCAGUUUGCGACAGAGCAAUGUGGUUUUAUUUUGUAUUUUAAACGAGUUUUUAAUUUAAAUGCAUCUCUGAAUUCAGUCAUAUCACUUCUUUUUAGUCCUGCAAUAUAGUAAUUUUUUUUUUUUAAUAAAUAGGGUUUUUUUUUUUUCCAGUGUUCCACCAUAAAGUAUCUCACAGGAGAGCGGCAGAGAAGGGGGAGCAGAAGCUGCGCUGACUGUGGAUGUGCUCCUCUCCCCCGCCAGCCGCUCCUGGCUGCCGGAGCCGCCUCCGUUUUCAAUCUUGCAUCGCCCCGAGACAGCGACGAGGAGAGCUAGCUGCUGCGCUGUCUCGCUCGGAGGACCUUGAAUGUGCAAAGGUUUUAAGACGUCAGGGAGGUUUUGGAUUGCUUUGUCCCCUGGUUUUUAAACUAAGCCCUUUGUCCCUCCCCCGCCAAGCAGGGAGUCGCGGGUGAAGGGAGACCUUUCCAAGGGGCACACUUUUUUUAAUGUAUUUCUUAAGCAAACGGACCAAACCCAGGCUGCUCCGUUCCCUUCCCCUGCCCUCCGUCCUGCUGUGGGCACCAUGUGCAAAAACCCUUCCCGAUUUUAUAGCUCGGCUCCCUUUUGAUAUCUUGCCUGUAUCGUAGCCGCGGUCGACACCGGUGCUCCCGGCGGCUUGAAGCCGCAAUCCCUACCUAAACGGCUGCCUGGUGUUGGGACGGACGUCUGCCCCCCACAAAAGUGUGGGGCGUUUGGAGUCCGAUUUUAAGCAAAAUAAUAAGCUGGAAGGAGGGAUUGUUCCGCUGCCGUUCCCCUGCGGUGAUGCCUGGCCCACGCCAGCUGCAGAUGCUUCUCUGGAGCUCUCAGAGCAGAUGUUGGACUGAUCUUUAUUUUCACUAAAUGCUUUUUUAAAGAAAUGAAGUGACUCUUCCCCGUGUUCCUGGUGGGUCAGAAUCCUCCCUUCUUUUUUAUAUAUAUAUAUUAAAAAAAAAAAAAAGUAAUUUAAAGUUUGCUCUUGCAGUAGUGCAAGGGGUUUCUACGCUAAUUAGCAAUGAUUGCUAAGGAAACAAAGAAUGUAGUGGUGUAGAAAGGGAUUUUUUUAGUUGCUGUUUCAGAGCCAAGUCUCUUCCCACCUUCCACUUCAGGCUUCUAAAGCGGAUGCGACACGAGCUGAUAUUUUUUAAGAAAAAGCAUUUUUUUUUUUAAAAUCCUGUUUGUUGGUUUGGUUUUUUUGUUGGUGUUUUUUUUUUUUUUCUGAAAGACCAAGCGGAAUGGCCUUACUCCGGGUAUCCGGAUCCCCAGGGGGCUGCUGGAGCGCGAGGACAGUCGCUGUUCACAAACUGUUUGGUUCUCAAGGGCUCUCAAACCUUUCGACACCGAUUCACGUCACGCCGAGACCCGUCAGUGGGAGGAAGAUCGGCUCGGGGCCGCCCGCGCCGCCUCUGCUGGAUCUUCCCGUCUCCCUCCCCCGUACCUCUGGCUCGAUCCAGCAGGUUACGCUCUAUCGCUGAAGUCACUGUCUAUAUUAGACGCUUGUUUCUUACCUUCCCUCCUAACCUGUAUUUGUGGUUUGGUUUUGGUUUUUUUUUUUUUUUUUACCAGGAGACAAGAAAGCCAAGUCUCAAUUUUUUUUUUUUUUCAUGGUUUAAUAUUUAUGAAGUUGUAUUUAAGUGUUGGGUUGUUUUUUGUUGGUUUUUUUUUUUUUUUUUUCCGGGGAUAGUUAUUCAGCGAGUCGGGAGGUGUGUGUGGGGGGGUGGCCUUUCUAUAUCGACCUCUGCUUUGUAUUGGGUUUUCAGAACUGCUUUGGUUUUCACGUGCGCGUGUUUCAAAGGGCCGCCCGCCGGCUUUUCAUGGCUUUUAAAAAC